AUGGAGUUUUACGAUGACGGCUCCAAGAAGGAAAAGAAGAAAGACCAACAACUCCGGAUGAUCCUGGUCGGGAAAACCGGAGCCGGAAAGAGCGCAGCUGGGAACACCAUCCUCGGACGACAGGAAUUCGAAUCGGAAUUAUCCUCUUCAUCCUGGACUUACCAAUGCCAGCGAUCGGAAACGAGAAUCCGAGGACGAAACAUCGCGGUGAUCGAUACUCCUGGAUUGUUCGACACCAAUUUCACCGAGGAUGAAGUUUUGAAAAAGAUCACGACGUGCGUCUCGAUGUCGGCGCCCGGACCGCACGCGUUUCUCCUGGUUUUGAGACUGGGAAGGUUUACGGAAGAGGAGAAAGAGACGGUGAGGUUGAUACAGAAAACAUUCGGGAUGGACGCCGCUCGAUUUUCACUGGUUUUAUUCACGCACGGAGACAAACUGAAAAAAAUGACAAUAGAACAGUUCAUUUCGAAGAGCGAAGAUCUGGAGCAGCUGAUAGAAACGUGUUACGGGAGAUAUCACGUUUUUAAUAACCAGGAAAACGAUCCGCAGCAAACGCACGAGCUGCUGGAAAAGUUAGACAAAAUGGUCAUGGAGAAUCGGGGGGAGUUUUACACCGUUAAGAUGUUCAAAAGAGUCACGAAAAUGUCCAAACGAGAGAAGAAAUAUUUGUUGAAAGAGCAAAAAGCAGAGGAGCAGCUCAGGAGGGAUGGACUCCGGGCGGAGGUGGAGAGGGAGGCGGUGUUUGCGUCGCGGGAUUCGCUCGGCGGGACGAAGAAGAAUAAGUGUGUGCUGCAGUGA